AUGGCGGACCGGCGGCGGCAGCGCGCCUCGCAGGACAGCGAGGACGACUCGGACUCGGCCGCCUCCGACAGCGGCGACUCCGCCGCCAGCCCCGCCCGCUCCGGCUCCGCUUCGCCGCGGCCUUCGCACCGCCCUCCGCGAGGCGCCGCCGGAGCUCUGAGCGCGGGACCGCGGGGCCGCGGGGCCGAAAGCGCCGCCGGGGGAGGGGCGGCCAAAAGCGCUCCGCAAUCCGAGUGUGAAAGCGAGGACGGCAUCGAAGGCGAUGCUGUGCUGUCAGAUUAUGAAAGCGCAGAGGACUCGGAGGCAGAGGAAGAGGAUUACAGCGAGGAAGAAAGUGCCAAAGUGGAACUGAAGCAGGAUAGCAAUGAUUCCUGUGAGUCUGCAGCAAAAGCGGAGAAAGGGGAUGAGAAACUGGACUCGAAAGGUGCCGUAACCGGUGAAAGGCAAAGUGGGGACGGGCAGGAGAGCACCGAACCUGUUGAGAAUAAAGUCGGGAAAAAAGCUCCCAAGCACCUGGAUGAUGACGAGGAUCGGAAGAACCCGGCUUACAUCCCACGCAAAGGGCUCUUCUUUGAGCACGAUCUCCGAGGGCAGACGCAGGAGGAGGAGGUCAGGCCGAAGGGUCGGCAGCGGAAGCUGUGGAAGGACGAAGGCCGCUGGGAGCACGACAAGUUCCGGGAGGACGAGCAGGCCCCCAAAACCAGGCAGGAGCUGAUUGCUCUGUAUGGCUACGACAUCCGCUCCGCUCACAACCCUGACGACAUCAGGCCGAGGAGGAUGCGCAAACCGAGGUUUGGGAGCCCCCAGCGAGACCCGAACUGGUCCAACGAGCGGCCCAACAAACCCCCGCGGCACCAGGGCUCAGAGGGCACUUCUGCUGCCCCACGAACCUUCACCAGCAGGAGCUCUGCGGGAACGGGGAGGAUGCCCCCUCCCAGGAACUACCCGAGGGUGGGGGGCUACAAGGAAACCCGCCCAGGAUACCGAGCUUCAGAAGCCGGCGUGCAGCACCCGUCCCGAAAUGGUGAGCAGAGCAAACAGGAGAGCGGCUAUCGAGCGAAGCGCGCGGAGCAGAGCCCACCGAGAGAGAAGUCACCAGAAGUGGAAGCAGGGCACGUCCACGGCAGCCCCGUCAAGGAGGAGGGCGCCCUGGAAAACCAGACCGACGCCGUGCAGCCGCCGCCAGACAGACCAAUAGAAAAGAAGUCUUAUUCCCGGGCAAGGAGGACCAGAGUCAAAGCUGGGGACGCGGGGAAGCUGGCGGAUGACGUCCCUGCCCUGGAAGCUCCCGCGACACCAAAACCAGUCCAAGCUGAGGCGUCCCCCCCGCCGGCAAAGAGCAGCAACUGGGAGUCGCCAGUGGAAUCCAGCUUGGAUGGACUUGAGCAGGAGAUGAUUCAGAUGAAUCUGACGGAGCAGAACUGGAGCCCGGGGCAAUCUCAGUUCUUACAGCCCCGGGAGCUGCGGGGUAUUCCCAACCAUCUGCACGUGGGAACUGGGCCGCCCCCUCAGUUCAACAGGAUGGAGGAAAUGGCGGUGCAGGGCGGCCGUGCCAAGCGCUACUCCUCGCAGCGGCAGAGACCCCCAGUGCCAGAGCCGGCCCCCCCCAUGCACAUCAGCAUCAUGGAGGGGCACUACUACGACCCACUACAAUUCCAGGGACCAAUCUACACCCACAGUGAGAACCCGGCCCCGCUGCCACCCCAGGGGAUGAUCGUGCAGCCAGAAAUGCACCUCCCUCAUCCAGGUUUACAUCCCCACCAGCCAGCAGCCCCGAUGGCAAACCCUGGCCUCUACCCCCCGCCGGUCUCCAUGCCCCCAGGGCAGCCCCCGCCGCAGCAGCUGCUCGCCCCGACUUACUUCUCCCCGCCUGGAGUCAUGAAUUUCGGGAAUCCUGGCUACCCGUACCCCCCGGGAGCGCUGCCCCCGCCGCCCCCUCCGCACCUCUAUUCCAACACCCAGGCGCAGUCCCAGGUGUUCGGGGGGGUCACGUACUACAACCCUGUCCAGCAGCAAGUGCAGCCCAAACCCUCACCGCCGCGGAGGACGUCGCAGCCCGUCACCAUCAAGCCGCCGCCUCCCGAGGACAGCAAAGGUGAGAAGGUGAAGGAGAGGAGCGGCACGUAGGGAUGCGGCCGUGGAACCCCAGCGUCGGACCCGGCGGUUCUGCACCGGGAGGCCGCGUCCGGCUGCGAUGCGGGAUGCCGUCGGCUUCCGCUUUGCUCGGGGCCGUCGCCUCCGUGCCCGGACCGCCCCCCGGCUGCCGGCCCUCCUCCCCUCCCCUGACCCUCAGACGGCACCGGGGUCAGUGGCCGCGAGGUCUCACCUACUUCCCCCUUCUACUGAGCCUCCCCUUCUCCCUUUCUAGGAUGUUCAACUCAGCUGCUUGAUUGUGGUCUCUGUUUUUAUUUAAGGAAUGAACCGGCUCCUUCAGUAAAGCUGAUUUGUUUCUUUUGGGUA